AUGUCAUUCAAUAAUCUUUCCAGUUAUUCUCCGUGUCACAUGCCACCCUAUUCAUUACCCAUCGUAUCAUCUGAAAUUAAAUUACGUUUUUCUUUAACUGUAACAUUACUUGUUUAUUUAAUUUAUUUACUACCAUUUUGUUUUGGCGUAUUUGGUAACAUCAGUGUAUGUUUAAUAUUUUUUCAACAAAAAAAAUUACGAUCUAUUACAAAUACAUUUUUAAUGAAUUUAUGUAUUAAUGAUUUAAUUGUAUUAUGUGUAUCUAUACCGAUGACAAUAACAAAUGUAUUAAUUGAACAUUUUAUAUUUGGUUCAUUUUUAUGUAAACUUAUCAAUUUUACACCAACUGUAACCGCUCUCGUUUCAACAUUUACAGUAGCUGUUAUUUCAGUAGAAAGAUGGUUUGUCAUUGUUAAUAAGAAAAAAUUUAAUCGUAAAUGUAUCAUUAUCAUGUUAAUAUUAUUAUGGUUAGUAUCAAUAUCAAUUGCCAUACCAGAAUAUUUAUCACGUACAGUUGUGGAAUCUACACAACCAGAUAUGAUAAUAUCUGAUUUGUUACAUAUAACAAUGAAUAAAAAUUAUUCCUAUGAACAACAACAAAAUCGUAGUCAUAUAAGAACAAUAAUACCGAAACUAUGUAAAAUGAAAAAGAUCUACUACUGUAUAACCAAACCCGGUCUGAGAACACGUGUAUAUAGUUACACAAUUUUAGCUGUACAAUAUUUGGUUCCAUUCUUGUUUGUUUCUGUUAGUUGUUAUUCAAUUAGUCGAUUUUUAAAACGACGUAUUGAACGAAUGAAGUUGUAUAAUCAACGAAAAUCAUCAGAUCAACAACCAUCAGAUAUAAAACGUUUUCAUUAUAAAUCACAUAAUUCAACAACAGCAGCGAUAUUUUGUCAUAUUAAUCCUGAUGAUAUUGAUAAUGAAUUAACAAGUAAUGAAAAUCCAUUACAAACGACAAUUGUCAAUAUUGGACAACAAACAGAAAAUUAUAAUUUAAUAAAUAAUGAACAAAUACGUUUGACAACAGCAUCCUCAUCAUUCUCCGCCUUCAAACGUUUAAGAUAUCUUUUAUCUCGGCAUCAAGAACAUAAGAAUAAUACCACACAUUCAUUACAUUAUUCAAAUUUACAAAGAACAAUAAACAAUGAACAAACAAGUCGUUCAUUUUCUCUAAACCCCAUUAUUCGUUCUAAAAUACAAUCACAUACAAAACGUCGUUUUCAUAAAAGUCGAAAAUUAUUAAUUUGUGUUGCCACUGUAUUCAUGUUAAGUUGGCUUCCAUUAUCUAUUGUACAAUUUUAUCUUGAACACAACAAUGACAUAUUGAAAACUAAUGAUGCCGAUUUUACCUACGGUGUAUUGUUAAUUCCAUGUUAUUUAAUUACAUCGUUAUCGGCAUGGAUAAAUCCAAUUAUUUAUAAUUAUAUUAAUCGAAGUUUUCGUCGUGAAUUUUAUUCACUUUAUUCAUGUUGUUUUAAAAAUCAACGAGAUAAUAAUAGUCGACGACCGGCAACAACGAUAUCUACGUAUAAAACAAGUCAUUGUCAAACAACAAUACUUCCACUUGGGAAAGAUAGAGAAUAUAUGACAACAAUUGACAAUAUUAAAAAUAAACAACCUCAUGUACAUGCUACAUUUACGGAUGAUAAAAUAAUUAACAAGAAAAAUCAGUCGUUUCAACUACUGGCAUGUUCAACUUUGCAUAAACCUUAA